AAUGUUAGAGUACUUUACAGCAGAAACACAGAAGAACAUACUGGACAAAGCAAACUGUUGCAGUUUUUUUGGGAACAUGCACCACCAACUCCCGUCAUUUGAAAUGAGGGAAUGUGGGCCCAGCAUUGUUAACCUGUCUUGUAGGGGGGCUGCAUGUGUGUCAAAAUGAACGGUGUAUACAGAUAGAUAAAUACUGUCUGCUCAAGUGGGAAUGAGCUGUUUUUCCAUUUUAAUUCUACUAUAAUACUUAGUGAAAUAAUCUGUUAAUUCAAAUAUUUCUCUAAAGAGCAGCUGUUUAUCUUAAUUUAAAAAGUUUAAAAAGUCUUAAAUUUGCUCGAUUAUUGUCGCAAAUAAUUUAAUUCAUGCUCCUGCAUUUGACUGGUGAAACCUGCAGAAACCCUGUUAAAUUAAAGUAAGAAUACACUGUAACCUUUAAGUGCCAUGAUAUUACUAGAUAUGACCUUUUGUCACCUGUGAAUUCUGGCUCCAGGUCCUGGAACCUGUAAUCUUUUCAAGCGUCAUAAACACCUGAGAGAAGCCACACCUGUGCACGUGUACAGUACACACAGUCUGUACAGUAGAGUAACGUUACUGAGCUCAGCAUUCAGUCAGGUUGGCAGGAAGGUAUGUUCACAAAAACUAUUCUCGCGGGAAAAAAGUGUGGGCGAUUUUAAUGAUGACGAGCUAGACACUGAACGACGAUGAGAUAGAUGGUGGUGGUGAUGAAAUAUGAAUGCUGUCUGACAUUGUUGUUUGGUGUGAGUGUAUUACGGUUCCGGUAAACGUUGUCUUACGUUGCACUUUGUCCAACGCAAUCCUGGAAACAAGAAACUUUUCGACAGUAAAACACAUCAACAAUAAUGCCACAGCCCAGAAUGAUGCUGGUGGUGACGGGAGAUGACUUUGGCUACUGUCCCAGGAGAAACCAGGGGAUUGUAGAAAGCUUCCAGGCUGGAGGCAUUUCUAAUGUGUCACUACUGGUCAACGCCUCUGCUGCCAAAGAGGCAGCAGAUCUGGCUAAAAGGCACAACAUCCCCAUGGGCCUCCACGCCAACCUGUCCGAGGGUGUUCCAGUGUGUCCGAGCCUGCAGCAGGCCUCCACGCUGGUAAACCAGCGAGGAUUCUUCCAUGGGAAGAUGGGCUUCCGCCAGGCGCUGGAGAGAGGUCAGCUCAGCAUGAAACAGGUGGAGGUGGAGUUGCGGGCCCAAGUCCGGCUGUUCAGGGAACUGACGGGGCACCUGCCCCACCACAUGGACGGACACCAACACGUCCAUGUCCUGCCAGAGGUGCGUGAGGUGUUUGCACAGGUCCUGUCAGAUCUCAAGAUCACAUACACUCGAGUUCCAGUGGAGCCAGGUUUACACAGCUGUCCAGCCGUGCCAGAACACCUCCACGCAUUCUACACAGAGGUGGAGAAGGACGCACUGGACUCCAUCCCUGUCUUCACUCGCUAUGGAAUCAGGUGGCCAGAUGUGUACCUGGGACUGACCACCAUGGGCCAAAACAUGUCGGUCCCCAACCUGCAGAGGGCCCUGAGCCACGCCUUGGCGGCAGGGCCUUCUUCACGCACUACCUGCAGCAGUGCAUCAGGCUCUCAUCCUCCUGUGGUCACAGCAGAGCUCAUGGUCCACCCGGGUUACCCCAGCCACCCCCAGGAAGGAGGCUGUGGAGAGGGCCCCGACGACUUCUCCCAGUCAGCUGACAGACAGCACGAGCUGAGCGUGCUCAGAGACCCGUCGCUGCUGGCCCUCUACAACCAGGAGAGAGUGCAGCUCUGUGCCUUCAAAGACAUCUGAGAACUGCUGUCUAACAGUGGCAAACAUGUAUGUAGGGCUGGGCAAUGUAUCGGUAUUAUAUCCAUAUCAUGAUAUGAGACAAUAUAUCAUCUUAGAUUUUGGAUAUCGUAAUAUCGUACUAUGACACUAUGACACAAGUGUUGUUUUUUCCUGGUUUUAAAGGCUCCUUUACAGAAAAGUGGCCAGACUGAUCUAGAUGUUCUAUUAUUCACCUUUCCCCACUUAGAUAUUGUAUCCACAUUAUUGGUGAUUAUUUAUCAAAACUCUCAUUGUGUAAAUACUUUCUGAAAGCACCAAUAGUCAACCCUACAAUAUCUCCACAAUAUCGAUGAGUGAUGAUAUGAUUUUCUCCAUAUCGCCCAGGUCUAUGUGUGUGUAUACUUUAGAGAGCCAAUUAGUAGAGUCCCAUUGACAUCUGUAAUACCACAAAUGACUCUAAAUCUGCCCAAAUUCAUAGUAUGUGAUAGAAGGUGAGAUUUUAACACAAACAAAACAAGGUAACAGAUAUAUCACAUAUUCUGUGAGAAUGGACCUGUCUCUCUCUUUUAGUCCAGAUGUGGCUCCAACAACAGCCCAUCUAAUCUUUCUUUUUGUUAAAGACAAUUUCUAAAAGCACAGAAAGAUGGACACUGCCAUGCUGGUAAAACUGUAUGAAAGCUGUUGUUUUUUAAUGCUAUCUAAUACAUCAUGAACAUUUACAGAGUAAAUAAUACUAUGGAGCACAGAAGCACUACAUAAAAACUACAGUAACCUACAAACUGGAAUGUAAUGCUCUCCUUAAAGUAUGUGGAAUAGUGAAGAGGCGUUUGUUGAAGUUGUUCUGUAUGUAAGCCAUACCAGGUGCUGCUACCAACAUGCCAGUAAUUGCAUAUGUUGUUAUAUGUUUUUAUAAUGUAGUUUUGUCCAUCAUCAUGCACAGCAGUCACCAAGUAGAGUGGAGAAGUUAACAGCUGAGAUUAGGACGAUUAGACAGGUUGGGAACCAACCAGCAGGCUAGUCAAACUUAUUCAGAAGACAAAACAAAUGGGAACAGUGAACUGUCUGCCCCACUUCCUGCUUCAGCUCUGACCUGCUGUCCUCACUGGAGUUGUGUUCACACCAUUUUCUUGUACAAUGAAGGAUUAUUAGUAUCAACUCAAAGAAACUGAGUUUCAGUUUGACGUCCAGAUAUUUAGAUAAUCUGGAUAAACUGUUGCUUGGGUUUCUGUCUGAUUGUCUUGACUGCCCUGUAGUGAUGUCAUCAUCUCCCCAUGUCAGCUUUAACUUGGUCAGUCAAAUGUUUUAGGGUUAUUGGGUUUAAUGUUAUUACUGAUGAAUGAAACUACAGAAAGAAGACACGUUUUACAAGUAAACUGUAGUUUUCUUUUAAGAUGAGUUAUCAUCUGAUCUUGAGGUUAAGACUCUAUUCUUACUAUUCUUCAUUAUUUCAGUUUGUGCUCACUGUUGCAUAUUCCUCCAUUAAUGUGCUUAAUCAAGUGACCACACAACGAUCUGUGGGUCAGGUAGUAUUCUAUCAUAGAACAACUCUGCCCAGUGUAAAACAGUGGAGGGAUGGGUAAAAUCAGCCUAUUUCUGCACAAGUGAAUGAAGUCAUGUAGUCGUGGUGGUUUUUAUUAAAGAGGGUGAAGGGAUGAUUUCCAAUAAUCUCAGGUCUGUGUAGCACUGAACAUCUGAUAACCUGCCAAAUGAGUGUCUCUAAAUGAAUGUUAUUUUAACACCACAUUUUUAAAUCACCUGUAACAGUACAGUAUGUUUGUAAUAUUUACAGCUGGUAUCUGGGUAUUUGAAAUCCUAUAUUUUGAUAAAGUUUCUGUUGAAGCUUUUUUUAUACAUUGCUAUUUGAAUUGUUACAAAGAUCACAACUGAAGAGCUGAGCUAAUAAAUUAUGUCAAAAUGA